AGACGACUCCACGGCAAUUAUUUACUGAAUAAUGAUGUCGAUGACGAUGAUUUUGUGAAGCAUAGCACUCAUGACACAACCAGCAGUCAGUUUGCUCUGAAUGGCCUCUUCUUCCAUGACAUCCCCGAUUAUGGCGAGGGCCAGUUUCAUUCACUCUCGGUGCAUCAUGGGCGUGAGUCUGAGAUAUCGCUUCAAGACAACGAUGACAACAGUCUCGAGAUACGAUCCAGCCUUUUACUACUCAGUAAACCAGGCGGUGCAGAUUACGGCCCCAUUGAUAUGAAAUCCAGCCUCCAACGACAACGACAACCCCACAGCAACAAGAACUUGCAAGAAUGGACUACAAUCACUGUCCCUGGUCCAGCAAUUGACGACAAAGACACAGUAGUCAAUCUAGCCAAGAUGUGCAAUGAUGCCUAUGUCCAAGCACCAUCCCAGCCCGAUUGGCUCAACACAACCAUGGGCUUCAAUCAUUCAGACACGUUUGGAUGGAAAGGAAAUGGACUUCGAGGUCACGUUUUUACCGACAAAACCCAGAAGACCGUCAUUAUCGCCUUUAAGGGUACUUCCAUUGAUCCCCGCGAUGGCUGGUCCUCCAACGAUCGCUUCAACGACAAUCUCCUCUUCAGCUGCUGCUGUGCGACCCAACGCCCUCCACCCUGGGUCUACCCAUCUGUCUGCAACUGUCGCAAUCAAACCUACCAAUGCAACUCGACCUGUCUAACGGAAGAAACCCUCCAACCUGACAGAUACUACGUCACCGCACUCAACGUCAUGCAGAACAUAUCAUCAUGGUACCCCAUGGCACAAAAUUUCUGGGUUGUUGGCCAUUCCCUCGGUGGUGCCAUGGCCAGUCUCAUGGGCUUGACAUUUGGAAUCCCUGCCGUAUCCUAUGAAGCUGUACCGGAAAAACUCAGUGCUCAGAGACUUGGUCUAGCGAUUCCACCUCAAUCAGGUGGGUUUCAUAUCGGCAAUACCGCGGACCCGGUAUAUAUGGGUGCGUGCAAUGGGUAUUUCAGCACGUGUUCGAUUGCGGGAUUCGCUUUUGAGUCGCAAUGUCAUACGGGAAAGAGAUGCGUUUAUGACACGGUGGGGGAUAUGGGGUGGCAUUCUAAUGUUAAUAAUCAUCGUCUCAAUGUGGUGAUUCCAGAUGUUUUGGAGGCUUAUAAUAGUACUCCUAUUUGUGAGGCUGAUGAGGAGUGUGUGGAUUGUUAUAAUUGGAAGUAUUAUGAUUGA